AUGGGGAGGUUUUUGAGGGUCUACGACAAUUCCCUGCUGAGCAUCAAUCACAUCACACUUAACAAGGAUGCCCAACCAGUAGUACAGGCAGCUCGACGAGUGCCUUUCAAGUAUCGACACCAACUCAAUCAGCAACUACAGGAAAUGGUAAACGACAAGAUCAUCACACCAGUAACGGAAGCAACAAAGUGGGUCAGUCCCAUAAUGCUAGUCACGAAACCAGGAUCAACAAAACUACGAAUUUGUAUAGAUCAGGGAGAGCUGAAUAAAGCAACACAAAGAGAACAUUAUCAGAUAAAGACUGCUGAGGAAAUUUUUGGAAGUCUCUCUGGUGCCAAAUUAUUUUCCAUAUUUGAUGCCACUUCUGUGCUUCUUUAG